UGGACCAGCACACGCCACCUUGCUGACAGCCGCUGACUGCAACACAGAGGCCGUAAGAUGGUGUUGAAGAUUGUGGUGGUGUGUGUGGUGGUGGUCCUUGGUGUGGGAGAUGUCACUCCCGCCUUGGUUAACCCCGUCCAGGACUCGAACCCUCAGCCUCGAGAGUGGCCCUGCCCAGACGAGACGGACUUUCUGCCUUGUACCUGCACCUCGAACCAGCAAACUGAUCUGAAAAUUGACUGUUCUGGUGUAAAGAGUAAUCUUGAGUUGCAAAGAGUGUUUACCUCAAUAUUUCCUUUCACGGAUUUUUUGGAGCUGAGAAUUGUCCAGGAUCCAUAUGAUGAUGCUUACGAUCUGAACACAUUAGACCCAUUUGUGUUCGCAGGCCUUUCUUUUGAACGAGUCAUUAUCCAAGGGACGAAGAUUAAAGAGGUGAACGAGCAAGUGUUCACCGACUCACACAAUCACCUUAACUACCUAAACCUUGCAAAUAAUGACAUAUACGAUUUUCCAUUCGAGACGAUUCAGUUGUAUACAAGACUCGCUAAUUUGAUCCUAGAUGACAACAAUUUGAUUACCCUUCCAAACAUAGUAUCUACAACAUUGCAAUCCAUUAGCGUCAGUGGGAACUCCAAUUUACAGUUCAAAGCUAACGUCUUCAAUAAUGCUAGUAUGCUAAGCAGAAUCAGCUUGGCCCGUAAUAACAUCCAGGAGUUCCCUCAACACGUGUUCCAGAACCUGGAUUACGUAGCCAUUGUUGACCUGUCGGGAAAUGAGAUGACAUUUGUGAACGAAUUUACCUUCGACCCUCCAAGAGAAACUCUUUUGCAGAUCUCAUUAGACAAUAACAAAAUCGACCUCGUUCACUACAACUCUAUAAAAGGUCUGAUGGCUGGAGCCCACGUGAGUUUGGCAGGCAACCAAAUUAUCUAUUUGCAAGAGGUUUUUUAUAAGCCAAUCCUCGACCAAUUGCCUUCUGGAUCCCUUGAUCUUUCAAGGAACCCUCUGCUGUGUGGGUGUGACAUACACUGGCUGUACCCGAGCGACCCCAGCCCUUAUCUCAGCAUUAUAACGGACACCACCAAAUGCUACGACGGAACUCUCAUCCACUUUUUGAUUCCUUCAUACUUCGCUCUCCAGUGUCCAGCUUAUACUACAGUCGCACCAAAAGGUCCCAAGAAACACUAGUCACACACCUGCUGCAGAAGACCCUGGGGGUACACCAGUCACACACCUGCUGCAGAAGACCCUGGGGGUACACCAGUCACACAUCUGCUGCAGGAGACCCUGGGGUACACCAGUCACACACCUGCUGCAGGAGACCCUGGGGGUACACUAGUCACACACCUGCUGCAGGAGACCCUGGGGGUACACCAGUCACACACCUGCUGCAGGAGACCCUGGGGGUACACCAGUCACACAACUUCAUAAUUUAACUCUAUUUUUGUGUCUACAUAAUUUCUAGGAGUAGGAACUCCCAGAAAUGUUUAUUUUUAUUUUUAGUGUUUUUGCAAAAGAUUCAAUUAUUUUCCCUUUGAUUUCCAUAAUAUAAUUAACUUAACUUAAUUAUUAUUAUUUAAUAUUCGGAAAAUGAAAGUUAAGUAAACCUAUUCUCUCUAUGAAGUACACGAGCCUUCCCUUUCCAAUAAGUAUAUGAGGCUUCCUUCUCUACUGAAUGCAUAGGCAUUAGCUCCAUAUAUUGAGUGCUUGAAUGUAUAUAUAUAUAUUUGAGGUUAUUAAAUCUUAUGGAUCCAAACGUACGUAUUAAAAAUAUAUUUUUAAGAGAUGUAUCUGGACUAACAUAAAAAAAAAUUAUGGAAUCAAUUAUUAAGAUCUUA